AUGGAGGCACCGUCAAACGAAGUCAGUUACUUGACUGAUGAGAUUGUAACCAAAUCAAGACCAAUUUUGUAUCGUGAACUAUCGAGACUGUUGAGUAUACCUAUACUGAAAGCCAAGAUGACGCUUCUCGAGUAUUAUCUAAAGAACACAGAUACCUUAUCUGCGUCAUUUGUCAUAACGGGGAAGGGUCAAGAUGGUUCCAAAAUGAUCAAGUUUUGUGCAACUGAACUGGUUGUUGAGGAUAGUAUGAAUUUGUUCAAGGCAAUCUCAACAAUACAUGUGUAUAGUGUUCAGAAGAAGGAAUUGUGUUUAACGUUGAAUGAUAUAGCUCGUGAAGGAUUGAAAAUUCGGAGUUGUCUAAGUGAUAUUGAGGAGUAUCAACGUAACGGUAUUAUUAUAGGAACAAAGAUUAGCCACUUACCAGUUCAAAAAAUGCCCGCGUCGUCUCCAAUAAAGACUCAAGUGAGUGAAGGGAAUGUGGAAGCAAAUAAACGCACCUCAGUAAAGAAUACUGGUUUACCAUCAUCUUAUGUUUCCAGGAAGCAACAGAAUCAAGCAACUCCAAAGGCUAGUGGACUAUCAUACGUAUCGCGCAAAGGUGAAAAGAGUGUGCCUCAAAAGAGAGUCCAUACUGAACCUGAAUCCGAACCUGCUAAGCCAAGUUAUCAAUACAAAUCAAGAAAAGUUGAGCAAAAGCAACCGAGGGAAAGAGUAAUUGUGGAUCAUAACAAUUAUGUAGUGGAAGAGGACGACGAAAAACCAAGAGUAACUCGUCCGCCAACUACCAAACUAGCAGAUAUGUUUCUUGACGACGAGGACGAAACAUUUGAGUUUAGUGAUGAUACAAAUGACGAGCAUGGCAAUGACAAAAAUGACAAGUACAGUAAUGACGUUCGAGAAUCCCGCCUUCCAGAAAAGAUCAUACCAGAAGAAGAAAAUACUAAUCUUGUGGAAUCUAGCCCAGAAGAGGAGGGGAACAAUGAUGCAAAUGCCAACCAAGGAAACCAAGAUGAGAUAAUAACUGAAGUCGACGAAGAAGGCUAUACAGUAACAAGGAGGAAGCCUCGAACAAUGGGAAGUCCCAGCUCUUCUUCCUCAAGAAAUAUGCAUCCUAACAAAAUAGUCAAGCCAACGCCAACGUCAGUAAAAACCAAGAAAACCAAGGAUACAAACAAGAAAAAAACCCAAUCUUCAUUAUUGAACUUUUUUGGGAAAAAGUAG